AUGGUGGUAACAGUGGAGGAGCUGGACCGAGCCGUUAGCCGCUUAAGAGCCCGGAACACUGCACCGGAACCCGACCGACCGGGACCGGGUCGAGUCCUAGUGCUGAGUCUGGCUAAUCUGGGGGACAGGCUUAGGCAGCUUUUUACCGACUGUCUGCGAAGUGCAAAGUUCCCCACGGAAUGGAAAGAGGCAAGGUUGGUUCUCUUGAAGAAGGAAGGCAGGGCCGCCGAUUCUCCCUCUGCGUACCGUCCCAUAUGCCUCUUGAACGAGAUCGGCAAAGUGUUCGAAAGAAUAGUUGCCAUUUGGCUCAACGGGCAUCUGUCGCGCGUUGGUCCCGAUUUGGCUGAUAGUAGUUUAACGUUUGGAUUCCGACGGGAGCAUUCUACAGUAGAUGCCAUCAUGCCCGUCCGCUCCCUGUCAGAACAAGCAGUAUCCGAGGGUGGUGUGGUCGUUGGCGAUAAGUCUCGAUAUCGUCAACGCCUUUAA